AAACUGACUGACAACAAAAUAAUACUUAACCUACUUACCAAUAUGAUUUAAGACUAGAUAGUUGCAAAGACUACGUUUCUUCGGAUAAAAAUAUUCAAACUUCUUCUGAAAAGUACUGAUAAAAUCAAAAAUGGGAGCUUCUGAAUCUCGUUACGUGCUGAUAUACAAUAGAAUCAAAAAUGAAAACAUAUUGUGCAUCCUUGAAUUUACCGAUCAGAAAAGAGGGCCAUUAGAAGCCAAAAAAUGGCUCAAAUACGAUCGGUAUGGUGAUUCACCGAUGACAGUUCGAGUCGAUGAGGAUCAGUGGCCAGGAUGGUCUUGGAUGCCAGUGACUUAUGGAGUGGGGACAGGAUUCCCAGAAUUAACUAUCACAAUCAUCCGUGGAACAAAUUACAUUCGGUUCAACAGAAAUGACGAUAUAGAUCCGCAUUAUGAUGGACGCAAUUUUACCAACAAAAUCGGAGAAUUUGUGAUGUUUGUGUACAACGAUGGACUCAGAGUGGGACCAGAGCCAAAAGGAUGGUUUUUCGGGAGAGGAACUGAAAAUCGGAAACUCUAUCCCUGGAAGCCAGUAAAACAUUGUGUCACUAUCCAACCUGUUGGAUCGGAUCGAACUCGUACUGACUACGUUCUUGAUGACGAGAAUAAUGUUGUCGUCGAAAAUUGAUUUAAAUUCAUUGAGAAAAUCACAAUCGAAUUUGCUUUAAUAUUGUUAUUGCUACUAAGUUGAAUUAAUUUUUGAGUUUUCCAAUAAUAAACCACCAGGACCACUUCUCUAACA